AUGGUCAACAUGGAGAAACUCGCCAAGAUGCAGGCCGCUGCUCAAAUCGGAGGCAAAGGAACUAUGCGAAGAAAGAAGAAGAUCGUGCACAAGGCCGCCUCCGCUGACGACAAGAAAUUACAGAGCCAGUUGAAGAAGCUUUCAGUCAACCCGAUCCCCGGAAUCGAAGAAGUUAACAUGUUCAAGGACGACGGCACCAUCCUCCACUUCAGCAAUCCCAAGGUCCAAGCUAGCCCCAACGCGAACACCUUCGCCAUCUCUGGCUCCUCGCAGGUGAAGCAGAUCUCCGAGAUGCUCCCGCAGAUUGUCUCCCAAAUGGGCCCCGAAGGCUUCGCCGCUCUCAAGAAAGCCGCUCUUGGAGCUGAAGCACCCAAGGCUGACGAUGAGGUUCCCGAACUUGAAGGCAACUUCGAGGACGCCAGCAAGGCCGAAGAAGCCGCCAACAAAGAAUAA